AUGCUCGUUUACCAUGGAAAACUGGACGCCACAGACUCUAGGGACCGAAUCUUUGCACCAUUGGGGCUCAUUGAUACCGAGGACCCUUGCCACAGGGACUCAGCUCUGGAGCCUAACUACAACAUCAAGCUCUCAGAUUUGUUGGAAAGGGUGGCAUCCCAUUUGAUAGAGCGUUACGGAAUCGAUAUCAUGGCUUUCGCGACAAUCGGUCUAGUCUCUACAGCCAUGUUAGCUACGCAGCCUCGUAUCUUGGCUUUUCGUCUGUCCUGUGUCCCUGACUGUAGAACAAUUUCUUACCACAGUUGUGGUUACUUCCCUUUCACCAACCUGCAUAGUGCCAUGGAUCCAGCUCACAGAGCUAUUUCACGAUUUGCUGCCAGAUUUGGCGAGCAAUUGAAGGCAGAAUUCCCUGAACUACGGCAUACUGUCUGCAAGCUGGAUACCACAGAGCACGAAUUGGAAACCAUGACCUUGUUUAGUGCUGGUAAGGGACUCCGGGCAAAGCCAUAUCGUGUUACAAAGCAGGGUCGAAGUGGAGAAGCCCCCUUUACUUUCAUAACAUGUAGUGGGCUCCUCAUAGAUCAAAUCGAGUUACUGAGUGCACCAUCCGACAACACGCAAUCGGCAUCUUCCUUACUCGACCAAGCUCUUGAUUUCAUCGCUUGGCUCGGGGAUGGCUGGUCUGCUAAUGAACCCUACCCGUAUAUCCCCGCUCAGACUUUUAGUGAGGCUCUUGUUCAAUUCCUCCUAGUGGAUCAAAAGCGAAACGAGGGCGAUGAGAAUUUAGGCCAUAGUCGACUACCUGUUGAUCAUUCAGCGCCAGUGGCCGCCGCUAUCAGUCAACAAGAAGGGUUCAGCACAUAUGCCUGGAAUUGA